AUGAUAAUCGACGAUGAAGCAGCCUUACGUGACUGGCUCGUUACAACACUCGAACCAUUAUGUGAUGCUGAACCCAUAGCUCUUGCUCGUUAUGUUCUUGCACUUAUUGCUAAAGAUAAACCAUUAGAUAAACUUCGUGAAAAUUGUAUUGAUCGUCUUGAAGUUUUUCUUGAUCGAGCAACAAAAGAUUUUGUUGAUCAAUUAUUUGAUGUUAUACGAAAUCGACGAUAUAUACCUGAAGGAAAAAAAGAAAAUGUACAACCGAAGCCAAGUGAAACAAACACUGAAACAUCUGGAAUACAACAACAGCAACAAAAUGUUGCAUUGCCAACAAAACAAGAAGAUAUACAACAAACAGAAAUAACUCCAAUAUCAACAACAUCUUCAUCUACAGCAAUCAAUCAACCAAUAAAAAGACGAUAUUCUUCUCGUUCUCAUUCGAAUAAUAAUAAUGAAAGUCAUAAACGUCAAUCGACAGAUUCACCAUUAGCUAAACGUACUCAACGUUCUUAUUCUCAUUCAUCAACUGAUUCUUCACCUCCAUCAUCUCCUAAAAAUCCGAAUUUUUUAUCGAAUAAAAUUCCAUGUAAAGAUUUUUUUGAUAAUAAAGGUUAUUGUGCUCUUGGAGAUUCAUGUCCAUAUGAUCAUGGAUCAAAUGUUUUAUCUUUUGAACAACAAAAUUAUUAUCCAUCAUAUCAACAAUAUGAUAUAUCAUCAACAAAUCCUCAUCAACAAUAUAAUCCUGAAAUACCUGAUUUAAAAUAUGAUUUACGUCAAACAUCAUCUAUGCUUAAUAGACAACCAUUACCUAUUGGUCAACGAACACUUGUUACUGUUGUAACUAAUGCAGAACCAUUAACAUCAGAACAAAGAUUACGACCAAAUAAUUCAAAUGGUCCUAUGCAUCGUACCAAACGACAUGUUACUACUGCACCAUAUCCAAUGGAUAGACGAACACAACAAUAUGAUCAACAAUCAAAUAAAAAUCAUCAAGAUACUAAUCAGAAUCGAGCUCGAAAACGUCCAUGGUCAAAACCUGAUGGAUCUGGAUCGACAUCAACAACACUUGAAAUACGUAAAAUUCCCGCUGAAUUUAAUACAAUAUCAAAAUUAAAUGAACAUUUUAGUAAAUUUGGUACUGUUACUAAUGUUCAGAUUGCUUUUGAUGGUUCUUCUGACUCAGCACUUGUUGCUUAUGCAACAUUUAAAGAAGCUGAAACCGCAUAUAAAAAUCCUGAACCAUUGUUUAAUAAUCGUUUUAUCAAAAUAUUCUGGCAUAAUUCUAAUAAAGGACAAAACCCAUCAAACACUACUAAUCCUAAUCCAACAUCAUCGGAUGCAACAUCAAUAAAAAAACAACGAACUACUCCAAAUUCAACAAAACAUCAUUGGACUAAAAUACAAAAAUCAUCAUCAAAUAAAAAUGAAAUACCACCAAAAAAAAAAUCAACAAUACCACCUGUUCCAUCUGUAAUUAAAAAAGAAGCAGCAAAAAAAGCUGCAAUAGAAAUUCGUCGUAAAAAACAAGGUUUAUUAGAAGAACAAAUUCAACAACAAAAAUUAUUAUUAAAAAAACUUGAAACAGCUGAAACAAAUGAAGAUAAAGAAUCAAUUCGAUCAUUAAUGAAACAAGUUGAUUCAACUAUUGUUACGCUGAAAGAUUCAAUUCGUACAAUACCAAUUAAAUCAUCGUUAUCAACAACAAAAAUAAGUCAACAAGAUCUACUUAAAAAACGUGCAGAAACAUUAAAAAAACAAAUUGAAAGUCUUAGAGCUAAAACAUCAGCAGAUAUGCGUCGUGCGAUAAGUAAUACAAUAGAAAAUGAAAUUUCGAAUUCAAAUCGAACUCAUAAUAUUGAUGAAGAUGAUGAAGUAAAUCUUCUUAAUGAAGAAGAUCAAUUGUUAACUGAUAAUGAAAAAACAAAAGAUCAAUCUGAUGAGAAAACAACAUAUAUAUGUGAUAGAAAAUCUUCAUGUGGAUGUUCAUCAGAUUUAGCAGUUCUUGCACGUAUAUUUGGUGGUGAAGCAGUUUCAAGAAAUUCAUGGGGUUGGAUUGUAGGUUUAUAUCGUUCAAAUAAUUAUUAUUGUGCUGGUUCAUUAAUUUCAUCGACUUUAAUUCUAACUGCUGCACAUUGUAUAACAUCUGAAUUAUCAAAAUUAGCAAAAAUUACUGUAAUUGCUGGAAGUAAUAGACUUUCAAAUCGUGAUGGUCAAGGACAAAUACGUCGUAUUUAUGAAGUUUUUAUUCAUCCAGAUUUUGACAAAAAUUCAAAAGUUAAUGAUAUUGGCAUUAUUCGUUUAUCGACACCAUUUGAUAUGACAAAUUCAAAAUUAACUAUCGUAUGUUUACCUCAUGCAGUUACAGCUGAAUCAAUUGCUGAAGUAGAAUAUCCAGUACCAGGUACUACUCUUGUUGUCAUUGGAUGGGGUGCGACUGAAUAUAGUCCAAUGAAUCCAUCAACAACUCUACAACAAGUUACAGUCAAAGCAGUAGCAAGUACAUCAAGCGAUUGUACGACUUCUACCAAUGAAAUGGUCAAUGUUACUGUACAUUUUUGUGCUGGAAUAUCAGGCGGUGGAAAAGAUGCAUGCCUAGGUGAUAGUGGAGGUCCAAUAAUGGCUUUUGUUGAUAAUCGUUGGCAAAUUAUGGGUAUAACAUCAAUUGGUUAUGGAUGUGCUUUACCAGGUCACUCCGGCAUUUAUACACGUAUUGCUUAUUAUAUUCCAUUUAUUGAAAAAAUUAAAGAUCAAAAUCAAACAAUUUAUGCAUCAAUAAUUGCAAGCAUAACUAAUGGUUAUAAUAGAAUGCAAACGACGAUGAUAGAAAAUAUUAUUUUUAUUAUUUUAUUAUUAAUUAUUAACAUGUUUCAUAUAUUAUAA